ACAAGUCCACCCCUCAGGAGAGGUAACAGUUCACUCUUAACUUGAGUCAUCUCACCUGCACUAACAAAUGUCUGGUAGUGUGAAUGAUAGUAUAGAUAAACGUUCAACAAUGGACAGAGAAGAAAAAGAAGAAAGGAUUGUUGAUAUCUACAUCACUGCAGAGGCUGUAAGAGAUAUUAAACACAAGAAACAAACUGAGGAAUCUAAAACAACAACAACAACCCAACCAUCAGAACACAAAGGAAGUGAGUGUGUGAGGAACAGACGUCCCAGAUCAGUUCUAGUGUGUUUGGUGGUGCUGUGUGUUCUUCUACUGACUGCAGUCAUAGUGCUGUGUGUCCUUAUCUACACAAACAAUCACCAGUUUCACAUCAACUACAAAAACAUCACACAAGACAGAGACCAACUACUAACCAAAUAUACCAAACUCACAGACGACAGAGACCAGCUAAUAACCAAAUAUAUCAAGAUAACAGAAGAGAAAGACCAACUACUAAACAAAUAUACCAAACUCACAGAAGAGAGAAAUGAAUUAACAACCAAAUACUAUAACGCCACUGAACUAUAUAUACAAUUAAAUCGGGAGAGAAAUACAAUAUGGACUCAUCUUUGUGAUGGAUGGAUUCAUUAUGAAGUCAGUUUGUACUUCAUUUCAUCUGAGAAGAAGAGCUGGAGUGAGAGCUUAAGUUACUGUAGAGUGAGAGGAGCAGAUCUGUUCAUCAUUAACAACAAAGAUGAACAAGUGAGUGAAACAUACUGUAUAAAAAGAUCAUUAGGCAUCAUUAGAUAUAAAUGUUCUUUUGUUUCUUCAAAGGAUUUUGUUAAGAAAAUAACUUGUGGAGAACACGUUUGGAUUGGUUUGUCUGACAGUGAUGAGGAGGGCAGAUGGAAAUGGGUUGAUGGCAGCACACUGACCUCUGGUUUCAGCUUCUGGAGAACUGCGAUAGGAGAACCUGGUGGCAGUACAACAGAAAACUGUGCUGUGUCUCACUCAGGGUGGGAUGAUAUUUCAUGUGCUUCUACUUUUAAAUCGAUUUGUGAGAAAAAGAUUUUUUAAAUAGUUGUUAAUGAGAUACAUGUUUACUGAGCAAAUUGUAAACACCAGGAUUUUAUAAUUAUUUUAGACAGUCUAUAUGAGCAGGAUACAACGUGCUUAGUGACUUAAGUCAAUAUAUAUAUAUAUAUUUAUUUAUAUAAUUAUACAGAAUACUUAUUAGAGUUUUUUAUCUUUCACAUUUCCAUAUUGUGCUUUUCAGUAAACUAAUUUGAUUGUGUUUAUUUGUGUGUGUGUUUUAUAUCGUGCAUAAAUGUACGUAAAAUACUGAUUGUAGAUUCUAAUGUAUUACUGUAUUACAUUUUUCCUUUAAAGCUGCUUUAAAACAAUGCAACAUUUUAAAAAGUGCUAUAUAAAUAAUUUUGAACUAAACUUUCAAUUUAAUACUGUAAACAGAAGCAACUACUGGCACAAAUGACAAAUGCAGCUGUUAAUCUGUGCUGUAAAUCUGUUUGUUACAAAUACAAAACUGCACAAUAAAAAUGAUUAUUUCCAAAGAACUUUCAGAACAUUUCCUCUAUUCUCCAUUGGUCAAACACAUAGUCCCAGCCCAAACUAACAGCACUGGUCAAUGUGAAUCUUUCAUUGCAAGUAUGUGUACGCUGCAAUAUUUCAUGAAAAAAUAGGCAUUGUAAUUUUUUAUUUCACUGGGACUUUAA